CACGGAACUGUUGGAGGCGAGCAGGCUAGCUACCCAGUUUUUGCCUGUAAAUAUUUCACAGGCAGGUUGCCACCUUCCGCUUUCCACAAACUUAAAUUUCACAUGCAACAGAGUGACAAUGAUUCAAGAUAAGUGAAUCAUGUGACAGCGUUCACAUGACACAACGUCGCUGUCACCUUUAACAGGCUGAUUUUGCUAGCCAAGCUAUGGCCAAGAUGGUACUGACAUGGUUUGUUGCGACUUUGUUAUUUCUUUGUGAGGCUCAGGGAUUCCGUAAGGUGGUGCGGGUGGGUAAUAACUGGGAGCUCACUGAUCCCAAACCUGAGUUUAAAGAGAAAUACUUUUCUCAAAUUGUGGACCACUUCAAUUAUAAUUCCAUGGGGAAUGGGACGUAUCUUCAGAGAUACCUCAUCACAGAUCAGUACUGGAAGAAAGGCUAUGGGCCCAUCUACUUCUACACUGGCAAUGAAGGAGACAUCUGGGCAUUUGCCUUAAAUUCUGGCUUCAUAACAGAGUUGGCUGCGAAGGAAAGAGCACUGGUGAUAUUUGCUGAGCAUAGGUACUAUGGUAAAUCACUACCGUUUGGCAAAGACUCCUUCCACAUCCCUGAGGUGGGGCUUCUGACGGUGGAGCAGGCCCUGGCAGACUAUGCGGUGAUGAUCACUGAGCUUAAGAAAGACCUGAAUGCUCAGGCAUGUCCAGUCAUUGUCUUUGGUGGGAGUUACGGUGGAAUGCUGAGUGUCUACAUGAGGCUGAGGUACCCCAACAUUGUAGCCGGGGCUCUGGCUGCCAGCGCUCCUAUUUUGUCUACAGCGGGCAUGGGGGACCCAGCACAGUUUUUCCGUGACGUCACUGCAGAUUUUGAGAAUUGCGACCCAGCCUGUCGGGAUGCAGUGAAAGGAGCCUUUGAGAAGCUGCAGACUCUGGCCCAGCAGGAAGAUUACGCUCGGAUCCAGUCCGAGUUCAGCUUGUGCAAGACUCCAUCAUCGGCAGCGGACAUCCAUCAGCUAAACGGCCUUUUACGCAACGCGUUCACCCUCAUGGCCAUGCUUGACUACCCCUACAGCACAGCGUUCAUGAGCAGCAUGCCGCCGUUUCCUGUGAAGGUGGCCUGUGAGACUAUGUUAAAAGGGGAUGGAUUGAUGGCUGCCCUUAAAGAUACUGUUGGUAUUGUGUACAACUCCACGGGAAAACUGACCUGCCUUGACAUUUACAAUCUCUAUAUUGAAUGUGCUGAUCCCACUGGCUGUGGCCUUGGCUUCGACAGUUUGGCUUGGGACUAUCAAGCCUGCACCGAGAUCGAAAUGUGCUUUGAGAGUAACGGUGCGUCCGACAUGUUCCCUCCGCUGCCGUUUACCCAGCAGCAGAGAGAGCAGUACUGUGCUAAGAGGUGGGCUGUGGUGCCACGGCCUGGCUGGCUAAAGACUCAGUUCUGGGGCGAUGCCCUGUCCACGGCCAGCAAUAUCAUCUUUUCCAAUGGGGAUCUGGAUCCAUGGGCAAAUGGAGGGGUUAGGCAAUCUUUGAGCUCAUCCCUGAUUGCAAUCAGGAUACCUGAAGGGGCUCAUCAUCUGGACUUGCGAGGAUCCAAUGUAGCUGACCCAGACUCUGUGAUCCAAGCCCGUAAGAAGGAAUCGGAGAUCAUCUCCCAGUGGGUGAAAAUUGAGAGGGGCAAACACCAGGGCCGUGAAUUAUAAUGGAUAAACAAGAAAUACAUGGAUUUCAGAGAUUGUGAAUGCUUGUGCUUAGUUUAAGUUUUUUUUUUUUUUUUUCAAUCUUUUUUUCUAAUAAAAGAUAUUUUCAAUUUGCA